AGCAGCCAGAGGGGUGGAUAACGGGAUAAAUCGGUUAGGGGGCGGGGAGGCGUUGGCGGAAAAAACACGCGCUCAGGGAGAAUCGGGUGGUGGGGGAGGGACUACCUCUCCAGCGUCUCCGUCUCACGUUACCGUGAUGCAGUGAAGUCAGCAGAGUCCCGACUGCGCUGUGCGCGCGAGCCUCUUCAUCCAAAUGUGACCAAAUCCCCCGCGUAAACGCUCCCGCUCUGACUCCCUUUGCGCAAAGGGCUGCAGGAAAUGCGCGCCGACGCGCAACCGGAGCUUGGAGAGGCGGCGCAGCCACGCGCAGUCGGUCAGUGCCGUGAGUGACCACGGCAGCUGUGAGGCUGCAGGAAGAUCGUCCCCGCGGGACCUCUCACUCGUGAAGCGCCUGUUCUGGAGGGGUCGCCAGGAGCGCGCGCACCUCCCUAAAAGGAGGAGUUCGGGCUCCCCGCUGCGCGUGGCGGCUGUCGAGGAGCCGGAGGACAGACUCCAUCUGAUCAGCCACCCGAAGGCGCGUGCGUGUCAUGGGAGCGCAAUGUUGUCCAGGAAAGGACUCAUCCCGGAUGACUACCUGCUGACGCGUUUGGCUGAGGAUGUCCUGCAGCCAAAGUUUAGGGCUAAACAGGGAAAGGCGCGCUUCGUCGCCAAGAACGGAGCCUGCAACGUAGCGCACACCAACAUCCGGGAACAGGGCCGGUUUCUGCAGGACGUCUUCACGACUCUGGUGGACCUGAAAUGGCUCCACACGCUCGUCAUCUUCACCAUGUCCUUCCUGUGCAGCUGGCUCCUCUUCGGGAUGAUCUGGUGGCUCGUCGCUUUUGCGCACGGCGACCUGGACCGGAGAGGAGACGACUUCAUCCCGUGCGUCACGGACAUCCACUCCUUCUCCUCGGCUUUCCUCUUCUCCAUAGAAGUCCAGGUGACCAUCGGGUUCGGGGGUCGGAUGAUCACGGAGGAGUGCGUCUCCGCCAUCAUCAUCCUCAUCGUGCAGAACAUCGUGGGUCUGGUCAUCAACGCCAUCAUGCUGGGCUGCAUCUUCAUGAAAACCGCGCAGGCCAACCGGCGCGCGGAGACGCUGAUCUUCAGCAAACACGCCGUCAUCUCCCUCCGGAACAACAAGCUGUGCUUCAUGAUGCGCGUGGGAGACCUGCGCAAGAGCAUGAUCAUCAGCGCCACCGUGCGGAUGCAGGUGGUGCGGCGCAGCACCACCGACGAGGGCGAGGUGGUGCCGCUGGACCAGGUCGACAUCCACCUGGAUAACCCGGUGGGCACCAACGGGGUCUUCCUGGUGUCCCCCCUCAUCAUCUCCCACGUGAUCGACAAGGACAGCCCCCUGUACGAGCUGUCCCCGUCAGACCUGCAGCACCAGCACGUGGAGGUGGUCGUGGUUCUGGAGGGGGUGGUGGAGACCACCGGCAUCACCACGCAGGCGCGGACCUCCUACGUGUCGGAGGAGAUCCUGUGGGGGCAGCGCUUCGUGCCCACCGUGUCGGAGGAGGACUGCCUGUACGCAGUGGACUACUCCAAGUUCGGGAACACCGUGAAGGUACCGACCCCGUGCUGCAGCGCCAAGCAGCUGGACGAGGCGGGGGGGCUGGCCCGGUUCAAGCUGAGCGAGGGCGCCGCCGCGCGGGCGUCGGUCAGAAGGCGGCGCGGCUCCGCGGGGGUCCGCAGGUCCCGGAUGGAGAACCCGGCAGAAGCGUUGGUUCCGUCCCAUCAUGACUCAGCAAAGAAGUGAAUGUAAACAAACACGAACUCAGGAUGACGAAGCACAAACAGAGAGCUCUCAGGGUUCUUCCAGAACCAUUUAACUAACCCUUAUGCUCUCCUGGGCACUUUCCACCUUUAUCCACCUUUGUCAUGGUAGGAAUAACACGUCAAUGGAAGGGGGGGGGGGGGGGGUCAUCUGGACCCCAUAGGAUAGCACAAGGGUUAAAGUGGGUAAAACAGAAACGGAACUCAGUUCUGUUUCGUCUUGUGGUUUUAAUUUAAGUUUCUUGUUUUGGUGCAUUUUGUAGGUUUGAUGAUGUAGUGGAGAAUACAGCCACAUGGCGGCGCUAGUGCUUUAAUUCUGGAUGAUUAUCAGCGCGUGCAACUUUACGUCACUAAUUUACUGAAAAAUAUGACAAACAAAAGAACAGCUUUUCAAAUAAACUGUCAGAUCCCUGAAACUUGAUCAACUCUGAAGGCAGAGGUUUCUUUUUAAACCCAAAGUUUUAAUUUUGUUCGUGUUUGCACAUUUAGGGGCGUGUUUUUGUUUUGAUUGACAGGUAUUUGGCCCCAGCAGAACUUCAACCAACAACGACCUGUUGAUGCAGUUUGCUACAAAUAAAGUUUUCCAAACAAAAUGAUGCAAAUAAAAGCAUUUUUUCCUCGCUGAAACUCUUCAUCCCAUCAGUCAUGGUGGCGUUUUGGGACCCCCGGUUGAACAUGGGGUCCUCUGCAGCGGUUCUGUUAUAUCUUUACCUGGACGGGUAAAACAUUCGGCAAAUAACUUUUUCACUGGUCGUGAAGAAGAAGAAACCAAAUGUUUUGAUAGAAAGCAGAAAAAAACUAGAAAUUCCAUUUGAAUGUUAAACAUAUUUGUAGACUACUUUGAAUGGAAAAAACGUGAAUUUAUUAAAUGUUAAACACUUUGACA